AUGAAGAGUGAUAUGAUUCAACAAACACAAAGCAUACUUAAUCUUAUCGCUAAACGCGAUUUAGAUGAUGAUGAAAAGAAACAAUUAAUCAAUGAAACUGUGGAUAAUUUCAAUGAGUAUAUUAAUCCAGGUUUCUUAAAAUAUCGUAAAUCAUUCUCACCUGACUAUGUCGCCGUUGAAUGGGCUGACAGUGGUAACACAUUUACAUGUGUGAAGGGUAUUGAAUAUAUUGAUUGUUUAGGUGGAUAUGGCAUUUAUAAUGUCGGUCAUCGUCAUCCAAAAGUAGUAAAAGCAGUUACUGAUCAAUUGAAUCGUCAAGCACUCCAUUCACAAGAACUACUUGAUCCAUUACGUGGUUAUUUGGCAAAAAUUUUAGCUGAAUUAGCACCGGGAAAUUUAAAAUAUGCAUUUUUUACUAACAGUGGAACAGAAUCAGUUGAAGGUGCAUUAAAAAUGGCAAUGCUUGCAACUGGCCGUCGAACAGUUAUUGCAGCUGUUGGAGGUUUUCAUGGUAAAAGUUUAGGAGCAUUAAGCGCAACUUCCAAAGCGGUUUUUCGAAAACCAUUCUUACCAUCAUUGCAUAGUAUGCGUCAUAUUCCAUUCAAUGACUUACAUGCACUCGAACAAACAUUAUCUUGUCUACAAUAUACCGGAGAUGAUGCUGCUGCUGUUUUACUUGAACCGAUACUUGGUGAAGGUGGAAUAAUUGUACCAGGUGAUGAAUAUUUUCCAGGUGUUCGUCGUUUGUGUGAUAAAUAUGGUGCACUUUUAAUUGCGGAUGAAGUUCAAACUGGUAUGGGAAGAACAGGAAAAAUGUUUUGUGUUGAACAUUGGAAUGUUGAACCAGAUAUAUUAUGUUUGGGAAAAGCUUUUGGUGGUGGAGUUAUGCCCGCAGGUGCCUUUAUUGGAACAGAAAAACUAUGGUCACCUAUAUUUUCAAAUCCAUUUUUACAUACAACAACAUUUGGUGGUAAUCCAUUAGCAUGUGCAGCUGCAAUAGCAACAAUAAAUGUUAUACUUGAAGAACGUCUUUGUGAACGUGCUCGAACUAUUGGUGAUAUAUUUUUAGCUAAAGUUAAAUCAACUAUUAAACCUUAUACACCACAUUUAACAAUUGAUGCACGUGGUAAAGGUUUAAUGAUGGCAAUAGAAUUUGCUGAUACAGAUGUCGGUUUUCGUGUAUCAAAAGGUUUAUUUAAAGAAAGAGUUCUUGUUGCUGGCACAUUAGUUAAUGCUAAAACAAUACGUAUUGAACCACCAUUAACUAUAACAUUAGAACAAGUUGAUGUUGUUAUUACUGCAUUGGGUAAAGUUUUAAAAGAAAUUGCAAGUGAAAUGAAACCUCAAUUAAUAAUUGAACCAAUUAUCAAACCAAUACCAGUUAAUAUUCUUCAACAAACUGUACUUUCCAGACAAUUGUAA